UAUUCGCAUGCCUCCAAACAGAACCUUGUUCCUUAUUGCAAUUAGAGAGGGACUGUCUUUUCAGCUUAGCAACACCAGGAGAGAGAGAGAGAGAGACUGUCUUUUCAGCUUAGCAACACCAGGAGAGAGAGAGAGAGAGAGAGAGAGAGAGAGAAUAACUAGACUAGCACGAAAGGAUAUAUGUAAUAUGUGGAAGACAACCAAAUAAAAUUGUUAAUUGUGGGCCAUGGAGUUAUAGCAUUGAUAUAGGGACCCAAUGACAGGCCUUGUAUUCUUAUAUUUAUAGUCCACAACUUUGGUCCAAAACUCUCAACAUCUCCUUCAAUUCAUUUCCCUCUCAUUAUUUUCUUCAAUUCCCUUAUAUCUAAUUCUUAAACUAGUGGUUUGGUAAAGGUAGAAUGGGGGAUAAUGGUGGCGGUGAGUCAAAGAGGAUGUGGUGUUGGAUGCCUGAAAAGUUCCAGCUGCAUGCUGCUAUGCUGGCGUUGCAGUUUGGGUAUGCUGGGUUUCAUGUGGUUUCUAGAGCUGCACUAAAUAUGGGAGUAAGCAAGCUUGUCUUCCCUGUUUAUAGGAAUGUCAUCGCUUUGCUUCUCCUCCUUCCUUUUGCCUACUUCCUUGAAAAGAAGGAGAGGCCUGCUAUUACUUUUUCGUUCAUGGUUCAGUUCUUCCUACUGGCACUUAUCGGAAUAACAGCAAACCAAGGAUUCUACUUGCUGGGUUUGGACAAUACUUCUCCCACCUUUGCCUCGGCUGUUCAGAAUUCUGUCCCAGCUCUCACCUUCCUCAUGGCUGCACUUCUCAGGAUAGAAAAGGUUAGACUAGACAGAAAGGAUGGUAUUGCGAAGGUGGUAGGAACAGCAUGCUGUGUAGCAGGGGCCACAAUUAUAACAUUAUACCAAGGCCCAGUGAUAUACACCCCCACCAAACAAUUACAAGACUCCACGCCGAUGCUUCUUUCAUUAGGAGAUGCAAACGGAAAGAGCUGGACAUUAGGCUGCAUCUUCCUCAUUGGACACUGCCUUUCAUGGUCUGGUUGGCUUGUUUUGCAGGCACCCGUUCUCAAAAAGUAUCCAGCUCGACUCUCAGUCACCUCCUACACUUGCUUCUUUGGUUUGAUACAGUUUAUGGUUAUUGCUGCUAUUUUUGAGAGGGACUUUGACGCUUGGAAGUUUCAUUCAGGUGGUGAAGUUUUCACUAUCAUGUAUGCGGGAGUGGUAGCAUCAGGGAUUGCUUUCGCAGUGCAGAUAUGGUGCAUUGAUAGGGGAGGCCCAGUGUUUGUAGCAGUUUAUCAACCUGUUCAAACUUUGGUUGUCGCUAUUGUGGCCUCCAUUGCUUUGGGAGAGCAAUUCUACUUGGGAGGGAUCCUUGGGGCAAUAUUGAUCAUAGCGGGAUUAUACCAAGUGUUGUGGGGUAAGAGUGAGGAGGCAAAGUUCAACAAGGCUGCAAUUCAGUCUCCAGCAGAACACGGAAACAGAACAUCAACCCAAGCAAAGUCCCUUAUCCAACCACUCCUUCCCCCAUCAGAAAACGUUUAGUAGGAAGUUCAAAUUUGCAAACAAGCAAACUACUACUACUACUACUACUACUACUACUACUACUACUGCGUCAACAGACUUUGUUUUUUUUUUGGGUGCAGUGUGUGUAUCAAGUUUUCAUUCAGUUAGUGUCCUCUCACUAGGAGAUGGGCUAAAGGGAGUCAAAAAACAAGGAUUAGGUAUUAUUAGGGAACACUGUCAUCAUUUUUACUCUCUCUUUAUUAAGGUGUGACACCCCCACCCACUCCAAAGCUUUACAUCCUAAUUAAUGGUUUCAUUUACAAACAAACUAAAUGUUUUUUCAACCAAUAUCUUGUGAUUUGUGGCGUGCCAGAUCAAUUUCCACUCUUUAACACUAUUCUGAAAUGGAAAUGCAUAUUCAUCUUU